AUGGAAAGCAAAAUUUGUGACCCCAUUGGGCUCGAUAAAAAUAAGUUUCGAAAAGUAGAAGAGGAAAAUGAAGAAAGUAAUAAAAAUAUAGAAAAUGGACAAAUGACAUAUAAUGACGAUUUAGAAAUGUUUACAACUAUACAACUAAAUCAAGAAAUAGAUAUACGUAAGAACCCGUUUCCAUUACAUAUGAUAAAUCAAAAGAAUGAUAUACCUUUAUGUGCUCAAGAAUUUUCCAAAUUAACAGAUCCUUUAUAUAUAAAAAAAAUAUGUCUUGAAAAAGUUCAUGACUGGUCUAGGUGUAAUGAAGAUGAUGUAUGUGUAAAUCAAAUAUUAAGUGGAUUAACAAAUCAACUUUUUGAAGUUAGUAUUAAAGAAGAUACAGCUCUUGAAUAUAGAAUUACAAGAAGACAUGUUUUAUUUAGAAUAUAUGGUAAAGAUGUAGAUGAAUUAUAUAAUCCUUUAAGUGAAUUUGAAGUCUAUAAAACUAUGAGUAAAUAUAAAAUAGCACCUUUAUUAUUAAAUACAUUUGAUGGAGGACGUAUAGAAGAAUGGUUAUAUGGAGAUCCUCUAAGUAUAGACGAUCUAAAAAAUAAAUCUAUAUUAGUUGGUAUAGCAAAUGUUUUAGGCAAAUUUCAUACACUCAGUCGUAAAAGACAUCUACCAGAACACUGGGAUAAAACUCCAUGCGUAUUCAAAAUGAUGGAUAGAUGGAGAUUAGCUGUAUCAAAUUAUAAAAAUCUUGAUACACUUACCAUAGAUAUUAAUAAAUAUAUACAAGAAUCCCAUAAAUUCUUAAAAUUUAUUAAAAUAUAUACACAAAUAGAAAAUAUAGCAAAUGAUAUCGUUUUCUGUCAUAAUGAUUUACAAGAAAAUAAUAUAAUGAAUACAAAUAAAUGUUUAAGAUUAAUUGAUUUUGAAUAUUCAGGAUAUAAUUUCUUAUCAGCAGAUAUAGCAAAUUUCUUCAUAGAAACAACUAUAGAUUAUUCAUAUAAUACAUAUCCAUUUUUUAUUAUCAAUAAAAAAAAUUAUAUCUCAUAUGAAUCAAGAAUACUAUUUGUAACUACAUAUCUAUCCAAAUAUUUAGAUAAUACAACAGCACCUUCAGAUCAAGAUAUCAUAGAUCAAUUCCUAGAAGCUAUAGAAGUUCAAGCUUUAGGUCUACAUCUUAUAUGGGCUUUCUGGUCUAUCAUAAGAGGAUAUCAAACAAAGAGUUAUAAUGAAUUUGAUUUCUUCUUAUAUGCAAAGGAAAGACUUAAAAUGUAUGAUGAACAAAAGGAAUAUUUAAAAUCAAAAAAUAUUAUCAAGGAUUAUGACGAUUAA